AUGGCGUGCUUACAAAACCCACCAGUUUGUGCGGCGAUGUUUAGGCAAUCGUGUUUUGGUGAUUACGUGAACAUGUUGAUGGGUGUCAUUUGGAUCUUCGAGACAUUUCCCAACAGUAGUAUUGCUAGUUCCCAUCUUACGGGUGUUAUCCCUCGAACAUCUGCAUACCCUAGGAUGAGACGUUUGCAUGCACCUGAUUGUGAAUGUAUUCUCGAUGUUACUAAUUGUUCCCCCAACGAAUUGUUGCAGCCUACUACGCAAGAGCGUGCUGUUAGGUGGUGGAUUGAGAGUGUCCAGUGGAUAGAUGCUGCAUAUUACACUAAUGUUUAA